GAAGUAAACACGCUAUCAGAUGUUUGGCAUCUAACUGUUAUUUAUCUCGGGAAAGACAGACUUAAAGAUGUCCUCUUUAGCCAAACAACUUCAGCGUCUUGCUGUGCCGCACACACAAGCCUUAUUUGGACGGGAUACCAGCAGGUCUUCCUUGCUCUUUGACCCUAAAGAGGCAGCCCAGUUGGAUAAAGAAACUUUCUUUGCUCUUGGCCUAAACGGUUUGGAAGAGCUUGAGAAUAUUGAUUCAGAGUUUGAACAGUUUGAAGAGACCUUGUUCAGCGAAUCUUCCCAGACAUUUGAGAGAAGUGUUCAGACAAAGGAGGUCAAUCAGACUUUGGAUGCCAACAUCUCAGAUUUGCUGAUUCGUCUCUCACCAUAUUUUCUUUUGAAGCCAGCUCACAAAGUUCUGGAGUGGCUGAUAUUUAGGUACCACAUUCACUUCUACAAUGCCGAUGAGCUGAUGAGAUGCGUAUUACCAUAUCACGAGACUAAGAUUUUUGUUCGCGUUGUCCAGCUACUGAAGUUAGACGGUGCUGCUACUAAGUGGGACUGGCUUCUCCCUCUCCAGAAAUCUGGUGUUCACCUGUCUCGUAGUGUGCUGAUCAACCAUUGUAAGACUAACCCAGGUUUUUUAGGAUUCCUCUGUGACAGUGUUAAGGAGUAUACAAAAGUUCACAUGGUGGAUGGAUCUGAUGGGGGCAAACUGAGAGUGUUUUUCUCAUUUUACACGUCCACAAUAAUUGGUGUAUUAGAAGCAGAUGGGGCCGCUGAGGCGACCAUUUCCACCCUGAUACCACACCUGUCCCGGGGCCUGAAGUCAAAGCUGGCUGAUCACAAGGCUUCCAGUUACAUGAUUCUAUGCCAGCUUGUCUCUAAGGUCAAAGUCAAGGUCACAGUCUUGGAAACGAUUCUCAACGUCCUUGCCAAGCACAUGAGUCCUGAUCUAGUGCAGAGGGCCCUCAGCUUUAUGGUGCUAGUUUUCCAAACCCAGAAGAUUGAAGGUUUGCCUAAAAAGUGUUACAAGUACCUCAGUCGAGUUCCUGAGUUGCAUAUCGUCCUGGGAAAGAUAACUGCGCAGUACAAUACAGAAAAGUUGCAUCUGGCCAUUUUCACUCGGUUGAUCCCUGCAGCCAUCAAACAUGGCUUUCAGGGGAGUGGAGUGAGCAGUGGAGAGCGAAGAAAAGUGUCUGAAUGCUACAUUGACCAAUGUGCAACAGCUGAUGCUGCUGAAGUUGAAAGCCUUAAUCAGUCAUUGAAAGGUGCCCUAAGAAUUCUGGAAUCAAGCACUACAUCAUCGCCUGGACAGUGUGAGGAAGCAGCUUUUGAACACAUGAUUGAGAAGCUAGACUCCGUCCAGGAAGGUGACAGCCAGUUUAUUGAAGACACCAUCUUGAAUGGAUUGAAAGAUACACACCAUGACGUUGUCAGGGUUACUCUACAGCUAGGUCAGAGGCUGUGGGAUCUUGUCUCGGACAAACAGAAGUUACUGGCCAGUUUGGUGAACAUAGUGGACAGAGAAGAUAAAAAACAUUCAAGGAAUAAUGGCUGUCAAGCCAUGGCGGUCCUUUGUUCCUGUGAUGAGAGCAUGAUGUCAGAUGUUUUCAAGGCUGUGUAUCCCUACCUCCUACUGCGUAAUCAAGAUGGUGCUGAUGUUGCCAUGGUGACGGCCAUUUUACAGUCCAGUAUGGCAAAGAAACACAAGAUACUAAAAAAGACUAGUGAAGUUUUGAAUGUGGAAAAUUAUCAGACGGUGGGUAAGCCAUUUGACCUCAACCUCAGUGCUACAGAUAAGGGGGCGUGCAGGGUAUGGUUGGCUGAAUCCGCAGAAUGGGAGACCAACCAAUCAGUGGAUCAGUUAAACAUCAUAAUGGUCCAGUCAGUAAUUAAACAAGUUUGCUCGAUGAAAGGAGAUGACAAGGAAAAUAUGGUGGAGUUAUUGGGAUCAUCUACAAAGAUCCGCUGUACCAGACAGAGGUCAAGCCAAGCCCUGACAGCUUUAGUCCUGGACAGCCUGAUGCAUAAAGAGAAGUCUCAACUCCUGAUGAUGUCUAAGUUAGCAGUCGCUCAAACAGCAUUGUUAAGGGACCUCUGCAUUGCUCGAAAAUUAUCUGGAAAAGUGAAGAAUAUUUCUAGUACACCACCAAACCUUGAAACUGCUGUACAGUGGGUUGGGUUGUGCCUGAGGAAACAGAAACCCUUAUCUGUGUACCUGCGUGGUGGAUGGCUGUACAACCUUGUUAAUCAUUUACUCUUACCUGACAAAUUGAUUAAAGCCAGUUUUUGGCAUCUCAGAGGGGAGGAUGCCUUGUGUGACGCGAGCCUGAAGGUGUUUACGGCAGUAUUUGACCUGUUGCUGGACAUUGCUGCCAAAGAGCCUGGCUCGGACAUUGGUGCCUUUAGAUCUCUGUUAAUGUACUUCCUGCAGACACAUUUCUCUGAUCCUGUCACGUUAAUGAAGUUCCUGGGCAUGCUCUGGUGUUCUCACGCCAGUGAUCAGGAUGUUGCCAUGGCGCUGAACCUUCGUCUCCAGGUGAGAGCGUUACACAUCGGCCGGGUCCAGUUAGCACACCUGAGCCAGGAGAGCUUAACGAGUUUGACCCAUUCGGCCUGUCCAGUUUUUUUGCCCUUGUUUGUGGGUCUGAGCAGCCCCGUAGCUGUAGUACGAGAGAUGUGUGUGAAGUGUCUGACGGUGAUUCACAACACCUGUGAUAAAUCCAGCACACCUUAUCUACCUGUAAUCAAGAAAAUUGUCAGGUGUCGGGAAGAGAUUGAAGCUGAUCAAACCUUUAUUCUUCAGGCUUUAAAAUUGGCCUUUGGAAAACUCGUAGACAGCCCGGAAACUCCGUCGAAAAGAAAGAGAUCUGGAUCCAAAAAAGCUGCUGUGAAAUCAGCUUUGAGUGAUCUUGUGGAAACCAUUAUCAAUGAGAAUAUACCUGUUUAUGUGGCUGCAUCUUUACUGCAGAGUCUGAGUCUCCAUAACAACGAGGAAAUGGUUACAGGGUUACUUCCCUUGUUGAUAAGACUUUUGUCACUUCCUGUGGCAGAGGUUACUGCUGAUCAUGUGACUGCCCUCCACCUCCUGUUGGCUCGCUUCGGUCCUGAAACAGGUCAUGUGAUAACAGCUGACAGUGAGAGUCUGUCUGCCCUGUUAAGAGCUUUGAAAUCUCCGCUCAGAUGUGAGGGCUUUGUGUCCGUUCAGGAAUUCACUCUCAAACAGAUAACAAAGAAGUUUUAUGACAGCAUUGUGGAUGGUGACAGUAAAUUGAAGAUAUUGUCCUGUCUGUUGGACAUUCUGGUGAAGGCGGAGUCUGUUGCCAUAGCUACUCUAGUCAGGAAAAUUCUCAAACAUGUGAGCUUGGAGGCAGGUCACAUUUCCGCAGAACUCAGCUCCGUUCUCAAGUCUGUAGGUGCAGUGUCAUUUAAAGAUGUCAAAAAGCUGAGAACCAAAACAUCUUCACAGGCAGCAGAACAACCAGUGUCUGUGCCUGAACUAGAGAACUCUCAUUGGCAGAGAAUCACACAAGUCCUGGAAGUUGUACAGGGGAAAAAAAAGAUUAACAACGCACAGAAAUUAGUGCCAGUGUUUUUCAAGUUAAUAGCAAGAAUAAUGGAGCUGGAGGAAGAUGGAUCAGGAGAAUACCUUAAGCAGGUGCUACUGAGCUGUAUUUACAAUGUGACAGCCAGGCACAUCAGCAAGUUAGAGAGUGAUGAAACAGAAGAGCUGGAGCUGAACGUAGAGUUGAUUGUGCAGUGUAUUCGGUCAUCUGAUAACCCCCAGACCCAUCACCACGCCCUACUAGUGCUGACCCAGGGGGCCAAACUACAACCGGAGCAUUUACUUCACAACGUGAUGUCAAUUUUCACAUUUAUGGGAGCAAACAUUCUGCGUCAGGAUGACAGUUACAGUUUUCACGUCAUGAGCCAAAUUCUGGAGACUGUUAUUCCGUCCCUUGUAAAGGCCUGUGAAACACAGAAAAUGGCUGAGGUGGAAGAGGUGAUUACCCUGGUGAUUCGUGUGUUUGUGGACUCCUAUCCUCACAUUCCAUCCCAUCGCCGCCUCAUGCUCUUUACCAAGUUAGUGAGGAUUGUGGGAGAAGACAAGUACUUAUGGAGGAUACUGCUGAUGCUGACAAACUUUAUGAUCACCAAGGUCACGCCAAGGUCACAGGAGAUGGUGGAAGCAGAGGAUAGUAAAGCCUCCAAUCUGAUUGGUAUCUCUGACAUGGAGUUCUACUUGAGACUGUCAACAAGUUUUCCUCCUGGCCAGCAGUUAAUGGCUGCUAAGGAUGCUUUGGUCUACCUGGCGUCACUUCCUGAAAGGAAACAGGAUAAAGUGGUUACGCCUAAAAGAAGUCCUAAAGGUGUGACCUUAAGGACAAGUGCAGGAGAGAAAUAUGAUACCGAAAUCUUCAGCGUUGAUGUACACACAGCCAAACAGUUGCGUCAUUUCAAAUACGCUGCAGUCAGCCUAUUGGUCAGUUUAUUUGAAAGUGACAGUUUCAUUGGUCAGGUGGCUGAGUGUGAAGAGGCUGACAUGCUGUCAUAUUAUAAGGAAUUGUUGAAGACCAUCAUGGAAUACAUCACCAAGCUGUCGCGGAGUGCGGAGGAAAACCAGAGCAAUCCUACCUCCAGGUUCUGGAGAGCUCUUCUACACAAGGUGUAUGAUCUCUUGGAGAAGGUGGUGUCGCUGUUGCAAAACCAGACUUUCUAUGAUGUGAUCUCUGCCCUGAUCAUGCAUGAUUUGCCCCAUGUUCAGAGGCGUGCCAUGGAGCUACUGAACGCCAAACUACAAACACAGAAGGAGAUCGCAUCAGAUACAGAGGUUAACAUACUGCUGUCGGUUGUCCAUGAACUGUCAGAUAUUGUCACUCAGACGGUCUUACGUUCAAAUGUUGGCGAGGAGAAUGCUGUUAAUGGACAGACAGCCUUGUUUGGGUUGAAACUGCUCUCCAGACAUCUCGCAAGCAAACACCCACAGCCAUUCCUUAAGGUGUUACAGUUAGCAACGCAUGUAUUUGAGACGAGAAGUGACAACCCCCAGGUGGCAGCCUGCGGCUUGCUGUGUUUAGCGGAGGCGUGUAACAGCCUAAAGGUUCAUGCCAUUCAGCUACUGUCCACCUUUGUGCCCAAACUUCUCCAGGUGUUCCAGGAUGGAGAGGCACUGCUCAGUAAGGAACUUCUUGCAUUGAGUGCUGCCACAGCCCUACACAAACUUGUGGAGAAUCUCACAUACUUCAUUAGUCCAUAUCUUCUGGAUAUCCUUCACCAGGUGUGUCAUAUGACCAGUUUGAUGGAGAGAAGUCCCAAUCUACAGAAACCUCAGCUCACCUUUAGAUUGACAGCAAUCAGAAACAUCCUGGCUACUAAUGUCCCCAGCAGAGUCCUGAUUCCUUCCCUUGUCCAGUGUUAUGACAAAAUGUCCGCCAGUGAUUGGCAGUGUGUUAUUCCGCUGAUGGCGCUGUUAGCAGAACACUUCAGGCAGAUAAACAAGGACCAGUUAAACAGCUAUCACUCUCAGAUUGUAGACUUCUUCUACACCUGCCUGGAUUUCAGAUUUCUUCAUUCACAGGUACCAUCUAGUGCUGUGUCAGCCGUUGAGGCCAGUGUGAUAGAAGCAAUCAUUACCAUGGUGAUGAAAAUGUCAGAAGCCACUUUUAGACCAAUGAUAUUCAAGCUCUGCGACUGGGCAACCCGCCACGAAGAGAACAAAGACCGGGUCUUGGUGUUCUACAGACUUGCAGACAGGUUGGCAGAGAAGCUGCGUAGUUUAUUCACUUUAUUUGCUGGUCACAUUAUCAAACACACAGCCAGGAUGCUGGAUGAGAACAACAAUUCCAAAGAUGGUGAUCUAUUCUUUGGAAGUGGUAGAGAAGCUGAGCAGAAGGCCGAUCAAUUGCUGAUAUACUUGUACAGUUAUCUAUACAAGUGCUUCCUUUAUGACAGCGAGGGAUUUGUCAGCAAAGAGAGAUUUCAGACACUGAUGCAGCCGUUAUGUGACCAGAUUGAGAACACUGUUGGGGGAGAGGAUCUGUUUGAGAAGAGGGUGGGGACACACCUGGUGCCCUGCCUGGCUCAGUUUGCUGUAGCAGCUCAGGAUGAUGCCUUAUGGAGAUCUCUCAACUAUCAAAUCCUUCUCAAAACACGCAGUCCAUCGGCUGAGGUGAGAUUUGCGGCCCUCCUGGUUCUGGAUGAACUUCACAAGAAGUUAGGGGAGGAUUACAUGUCCUUGUUACCGGAGACCAUCCCGUUCUUGGCAGAACUCAUGGAGGAUGAUUCGGAUGAAGUUGAGAAGAAGUGCCAGAGUGUUAUUGCUGAAAUGGAGAAGACAUUAGGGGAACCACUUCAGAAAUACUUCUGAGAUAAUCUGCUUUGUAUUGCCCUACUUUCACAGAAA